CACCGAUAAGCCCGUUGGAAGGGAGCUAUGGUGGGAUAAGCAAUUGUCGAAGAUGAGCUCCGUUAAACGAAAGGGAAACGCGCCGGAGGACUCAAACUCUCGUCACUUAAAAAAGCGAGUCAAGGUCUCCGGCCAGGACCGCGAAAAGGAUGCGAAGCGUGUGACGAAAGACUCAAGGGCCAAUGGACCGACGGGCAAGAAUCGCACCGAUACAUUGAAGGGUCAAUCGGAGUCCUCCUCGAGGCCCUCCACUGUUUCCGUACUGCGCGACGAAGCUCCGGCCUUUCCUCGAGGUGGUAACAAUGCUCUGACUCCGUUAGAGCGAAAGCAAAUUCAGAUUCAGGCCACUCGGGAUGUGCUCUUUGAGCAAAAAGGUACACCGGGCGGGGAGAUAUUAAAUGAUGAUUCCGAGAUUGAAAAGGACGAAGAUACGGCGAGAGAAGAUGCUAAAGCUUCAAAGAAGAAGCAGAAGGCCAAAAAGCACAAAAAGUCAGCUGAAGCGUUAGCGAAGCCUCAGGGGCCAAAGAUCGAAAGUUUAAGCUUCAAGCGAAUUGUGCCCGGUUCCAAAAUUCUUGGCCAAGUCUCGAGUAUCGGUACUCACAACAUCUCCCUGGCACUUCCGAAUAAUUUAACCGGAUACGUACCAUGGACUGCUGUUUCAAAGAUAUUAAAGGGCAAGAUUGAGAAACUUCUAAAGAAUGGCGAAGACGACGAGAACGAUGAAGAUACUGACGAUGACGAUUUCGACCUCAAAUCAUAUGUCCGACUCGGCCAAUACCUCCGUGCGUCCGUUUCGUCAACCACUGAUAACGGACAUGGACUUGGCAAAGGCAAGAAGCGUAUCGAGCUUUCCGUCGACCCCCAAGAGGCAAAUGCUGGUCUGUCAAAAUCAGACAUGAUUGUUGACUCCACAGUGCAAGCCUCCGUGCUAAGUGUUGAAGACUACGGCCUUAUAAUGGACCUAGGUUUAGAGGAUGGCGAAACUAGAGGCUUCAUGUCCUCUAAAGAGCUGCCUCCGAGCGUGGAUCUGUCCCAAGUCAAAGAAGGAGCUGUAUUCCUUUGUGUUGUUACUGGCCAUAAUGCUGCUGGCAAUGUAAUCAAACUCUCCGCUGACCUACAAAAAGCUGCAUCUGCGAAGAAAUCACACUACCUCAGCUCCGCCCCAACGAUAAAUACUUUCCUCCCCGGAACCGCCGCCGAAAUUCUUUUGACGGAAGUUACUCCGAACGGUAUGACUGGAAAGAUCAUGGGAAUGCUAGAUGUGGUUGUCGAUGCAGUGCAUUCCGGCUCAACUGAUGAGACAAAGGACUUGACAAAGAAGUAUCGCCCGGCCACGAAAGCGAAAGGUCGACUUAUUUGCACGUAUCCAUCUGAUGAAAACCCAAAGCUGGGUUUCUCAAUUCUUGACCAUGUUCUCAAAUUCUCACCAACAUCUGUGGCUGAUCCGCAAGAUAGAGAUGAUAAACCCGCUAUUUCGGCGAUAAUACCGGAGGUUAAGGUGAUCAAGAUUGAUCCCACCCUGGGUUUGUACGUGCAGCUGGGGAACACCAAACAUUACGGUUUUGUCCAUAUAUCAAGAGUGAAGGAUGGGAAGGUUUCCUCAUUAUCGUCAGCGGAAGGACCUUUUAAAGUUGGAUCGCAUCAUGAAGGUCGCAUAAUCGGGUUCAAUGCUCUAGAUAAUCUCUUCUUAUUAUCCCUGGAAAAGAAAGUUAUUGACCAACCAUUUCUCCGCCUGGAAGACGUUACAGUUGGUGCAGUGGUAAAAGGGAAAAUUGAGAAGCUUCUCAUGGGGCCUGAUGGCAUCAAUGGCCUUCUCGUUUCCCUUGCCGAUGGUAUAAGUGGCCUUGUUCCUGGAAUGCACAUGGCCGAUACCAAGCUACAGCACCCGGAGAAGAAGUUCCGCGAAGGAUUACAGGUAACCGCUAGAAUAUUGUCCGUGAAUCUCGAGAAGCGACAAUUGCGGUUGACGCUAAAGAAAUCAUUAUUACAUAGCGAGUCUGCAAUCUGGAAGGAUUAUCGGGACAUAGCGCCAGGAAACCAAUCCCCAGGAACUUUUGUGAGUAUACAAGAAAACGGCGCCGUCAUUCAAUUUUAUGGGGCUGUUCGCGGGUUUCUUCCGGUCUCCGAGAUGAGUGAAGCUUACAUCAAGGAUCCCUCUCAACACUUCAGCAUCGGACAAGUGGUGAAUGUCAAUGCGUUGAGUGUUGAUGCGGAGCAAGGAAGAUUGGUCGUUUCUUGCAAAGAUCCUUCGAUAGUUACGGAUGCAUAUAAGAGUGCAUUUGAGAAUGUACACCCAGGACUACUUGUUUCCGGAACUGUCUUUGAGAAGUCCAGCGAUGAUUUACUUCUCAAGCUUGAGGAUGGUGGACUAAUUGCACGCCUCAGUGCGGAACAACUCUCGGAUGCGGCGCCAUCCAAAUCUGCUGCUAACCUUGCGCGACUCAGGGUUGGCCAGAAGCUCCACGACCUUUUGAUCCUUAGCAUACGCAAAACCCACCGGCUCAUCCAGGUCAGCAAUAAGCCAAGCUUGAAGGCUGCGCUUGAAAAAGGAACGCUGCCAGCCAAAUUCGAAGACCUUAAAUUAAAUUCAAGCGUAACGGGUCUUGUUAGGAAUAUUACGGAUGACGGCAUAUUUGUCGAGUUCUUGGGCGGGCUUACAGGCUUCCUUCCCAAGCGUCUGGUGGAUGAUGAACAUUUAACCAAGGCGGACUUUGGAUUUAUGCGUACCCAGUCUAUUUCUUGCUCGGUCUCUUCCAUUGACCAGGAUGCCCAAAGGUUUAUUUUGACCAUGAAUCCCGUGGAAAAGGAAGAGGAGAAGCAUGAACGCCGAUACAAGACAAAAAAUACGAAUGAGUUGUCAGUUAGCAAUCCCGUGGAUCAAGAUAUCAAAUCUCUCGACGAUUUUAAAACCGGGAAGGUCACGAAGGCGAGGAUCACCUCAGUCAAGGAUACCCAGCUCAAUGUGUUGUUGGCAGACAAUGUCCAGGGCCGUAUAGACGUAUCUGAAGUGUUCGAUAACUGGGAAGACAUCAAGGAUCGAAAACAGCCACUGAGGCUCUACAAACCCAAGCAAGUCGUUCCGGUUAAAAUUCUAGGCGUUCACGAUGCGCGAACCCAUAAAUUCUUACCAAUCAGUCAUCGCACAGGCAAGGUCCCUGUUUUUGAGCUCUCAGCGAAGCCAAGUUCAUUAAAAUCUCCGGAUCUCGGCCCCAUAAGUUUGGAAAAAGUUAAGGUUGGAAAUUCAUUCCUAGGAUUUGUCAAUAACAUGGGCGAUGAUUGUCUGUGGCUCAACAUCUCGCCAAGCGUGCGAGGAAAGCUUCCAAUUAUGGACAUUUCGGACGACCUGGCUCUUGCUGGCGAUAUUAAAAGGACCUUUCCUAUUGGAUCCGCCCUCAAGGUCACGGUAGCCGCGGUAGAUGUUGAUAAGAAUCGUCUUGACUUGACCGCUAAACAUGGAGCCUCUUCGAAGAAACUUACGAUAUCCGACCUUUCCAAAGGCAUGAUUCUCCUUGGUAAAGUCACUAAAGUGACCGAGCGUCAGGUUCUCGUGCAGCUUAAUGAGUCGCUUGUUGGAGCCAUCGGACUACUUGACAUGGCUGAUGACUAUUCGAAAAUUAAUCCCGCGAACUUUCACAAAAACGCUGUCCUUCGUGUUUGCGUUGUGGAUGUCGAUGUGCCAAACAAAAGGGUAGCUCUAUCUGUCCGCCCAUCGAAAGUGCUUAGUGCAUCCCUUCCCGUUGAAGACCCUGAGAUCGCGUCUAUCGACCGGCUUAAAGUCAAUGAUAUCGUCCGGGGAUUCGUUCGAAGAGUUGCCGAUAUCGGACUAUUCGUGACCCUCGGUCACAACGUGACUGCAUAUGUUCGUGUUUCGGACCUAUCGGAUUCUUAUCUCAAAGAAUGGCAAGACGAAUUCCAAAUCGAUCAGAUCGUGCGAGGGCGAAUUACUCUGGUGGACACCGAAGCGAAGAAAGUCCAGAUGACCUUGAAACAAUCGGCACUAGACCCGGACUACAAGCCUCCGCUCAAGUUGAAGGACCUGAAACCAGGCCAAAUAGUCACGGGGAAAGUACGAAAGGUCGAAGAGUUCGGCGCAUUCGUUUCAAUUGAUGGAACUGCCAAUCUUAGUGGCCUUUGCCAUCGGAGUGAAAUGGCGGAGCGAAAGGUUACGGAUGCGCGGAAACUUUACGAACAAGGAGAUAUUGUGAAGGCCAAGAUUCUCAAAAUAGAUUUGAAAAAGGAUCAAAUAUCGUUGGGAUUAAAGGCAUCAUACUUCAAUAAUGAUAGCGACGAGGCGGAUUCGGAUAUGAGCGAGGGCGCAAGCGAGGAAGAGAGCGGUGAUGAUGAGUUAGGCGGGGUAGCCCUCGAGCCAGGCAUUGACGACGAAGACCUCUCUGACGAAGGAGAGGAUAUUAUAAUGGGCGGUGUGGACCUUUCCAACAGCCUCGUGCAGUCAGCAGACUCUGAUAAUGUCGAUGUGUUGAUGGCUGAUGCCGAUGGCGAUCAAGAAGGCGCUUUGGUCACUUCUGGUUUUGACUGGACAGGCGAUUCAUACGAAAUUCAAAAAGGUUUGAAUGGCGCUGCAUUUGAUUCGGACGAUGAAAAUAUGUCAAAGAAAAAGAAGCGCCGGAAGGCUGAAAUUCAAGUCGACAGAACCGGUGAUCUCGAUGCGAACGGACCCCAGACCGUGGAUGAUUAUGAACGACUCCUUCUCGGGGAGCCUAAUUCUAGUUUGCUGUGGCUGAAGUACAUGGCAUUCCACCUUGAAUUAGGGGAAGUUGAUAAGGCGCGCGAGAUUGCUGAGCGCGCCCUUCGGUCCAUCAGCCUUGGCCAGGAUACGGAAAAAUUCAAUGUCUGGGUUGCGAUGCUUAACUUGGAAAAUACAUUUGGCACCGAUGACAGCCUUGAAGAAGUAUUCAAGCGUGCUUGUCAGUAUAACGAUGCGCAGGAAAUCCACGAAAAAAUGGCAAGCAUUUUUAUCCAGUCUGACAAGCCAGAGAAAGCGGAUGAGAUUUUCCAAUCUGCGCUGAAAAAGAAAUUCACCCAGUCUCCGAACCUAUUCUUGAAUUAUGCCAACUUCCUCUUUGACACUAUGGCUGCGCCAGAUCGAGGACGUGCUCUGUUGCCUCGCGCCAUGCAGUCUCUACCUCCUCACACCCACGUCGAACUCACAUCCAAGUUCGGACAGUUAGAAUUCCGCUCACCGCACGGAGAUGUUGAGCGUGGUAGAACCGUGUUCGAAGGACUCCUUUCGUCUUUCCCUAAACGUGUUGAUUUGUGGAAUAUCCUGCUAGAUCUUGAGAUCAAAGUUGGUGAUGUGGACCAGGUCAGGCGGCUAUUUGAGCGAGUCCUCGGCAUUGGCCGUGGAGUCGGUGCCGACGGCAGCAAGGCUGGGAUGAAGAAGCUAAAGGAUAAGCAGGCCAAAUUCUUCUUCAAGAAGUGGCUUACGUUUGAAGAGAAGAUCUCUAAUGGCGAUGAUAAGAUGGUUGAUGAGGUUAAGGCUCGAGCUGCGGAGUACGUGAAGUCGUUGAAGGAAGACCCCUAAACGGAUGAAACUUCUUCAUGACUUGAGGGCUUUAGUCUACAUUUUCUUCCCAUGUCUCCGAGUAAAGAGGUAACAUUACCGGGCGUCUAGCUUUUCUCAUAUUUGUAUAGCGUUUGUGGGGAUAUCCUAUUAUUAGAUCUACACCAAUUUAAAAAGUUAUUGACCUCUUUUCUCUGCCAUGAUUCUCCUGUACUCCUCCACAAUGCUCUGUCUGUGGCUCGCUAAUUCCUCUCUCCGUCUCAAACUACCAGCAGCGGCUGGAACGUUAGCCACAUCCACCUUUGCACCGUUGAUCCCGUGGACUUUGAAUAUCUCUUUAACUUUUGCCAAAUUCUCCGGGGGCGCCUGCACGACGUCAAAUGGAUUAAGUGGCUGAGCAGCACAUUUCUUUUUAUUCAGCUUUGCCCAUGGAUCAUCGUCAUCAGAGUCGUCAGAGUAAUCAGGACCAUCCGCGGCCGCAGCGCCGUUCUUUUUCUUCUUUUUACCUCCUUUCUUCUUCUUCUUCUUCUUCUUUCCGUGACCCGCCUCAGCCUCCCAUUGCUUCCACGUGUCAUUCACCUCUUCAUCUUCUGCUUCUCUCUCCUCCCUUUCUGCCUCUUCCUUCUCUCGUAUCUUGGCCUCCUCUUCGCGCCAUCCUUUUUGCAGUCGCAAGAGCCGCUUUUCAUGUUUGGUUUGACGGUGUUCGCGCAGGUUACGGAUAUCAGCAUCCAUUUUACUUGCACCAGUAUUUCCCGCCUUGCGCGCCACGCCGGAGAGGGGUAGAGCCUGAUCCACGCGAGCAGCGUAAUCGGAGAGUUUUUCUCCGGGAAGAAUCUUGGGAACACUGGUCGACUCUGCUGAUUUAACAGCAGCGUCGGCCUUCUGGACCUUAGGCUUAUUAUUCUGUCCUGAAGCCUCUGUAGGAAUAUCCCCCCCUCUUUUCCGUUUCCUCGUGUUUUUCUCGUUGCCAGCAGCAGUAUCGGAAUUCAUCUUGUUUCCAUCCUUUCCGCCCGGCAUGGACUGUUGGAAUCUGCGCAUCAUCCGCGCAAAUUGUCGAGGCGUAUCAUCACCGAAAUCAUCGGUAUGCGCUGGCUUUUUUCUCUGCUUCGCAUUCUUUGUCUGUCCGGCGUCCUUGGUGCCGUUAUCAAGCCUCGCCGGAAGUGGUUUUGCAAUCUUGUUUGGCGGCAGAUCGUAAUGAUCG